AGUCCUUGCGGUCCGGGGCGGAGACCUACGAGAAGAUGGGGCGGGACCCCGUGUGGGAGGAGGCGGAGCCUGUGGGCUUUGGGCGCGAGCUGUUGAAAGGCAGUUGGUGUGUGCGUUCGGUUGCUUGGUCUGUCUGGCGUCCCCCGGCCCAGCCCCAUGGCUGACCCUGAGGAGUUUCGGGCUUCGCCGCCGCCGCCGCCUCCCUCGUCUCCGUCUUCGGGCGCCUCUUCAUCGUCCCUCAGCAUGCCAGUGAGUUUGGGCUGGCGGAGUCCGAGCCGAAGCCACGACCCAACGGUGGACCCCCUGGAGCAAGUGGAGCUGCAGAUCGGAGACGCGGCAUUUUCAUUAACUAAACUUCUUGAAGCCACAUCUGCUGUAUCAGCUCAGGUGGAAGAACUUGCCCUGAAGUGUACGGAAAAUGCACGGUUCCUGAAAACGUGGCGGGACCUCCUGAAAGAAGGCUAUGAUUCCUUGAAACCCGACAACUGACUUGCAGAUGUGGUCGGUUAAUGACUCACACGUGAGAUAUUUGCACAUGGGCCGCGUUUAUGGGGCUGCCUGUCUCCAGACAUUUAUACUGAGAAUGAAAUUUUUCUGGUAUUCUUGACUUUUGAGAAAGCAGAAUACUGAAGGGUUUUUGUUUGUUUAAUUGCUCUGUUACCACAGUGUUUACCUUGAGUACUUUCUGCUCUCUAAACUUUUGUAGACUCCUUUAUGAAAGCUAAUUCCAUCAGUCAAUAAUUGAUUAUAGCAGUGCCUUAGUGCAACCAGAUCAUUAUUUGUUGUUCAAGAAGAUGCCAGAAGUGCUGAGUUUGGAGUUGAGCUUGGUUCAUCCCCUUAAGGCCCUUGAUGGAGACUUCAGGUGGUGGAUCCAACUCCACAGGACACCUACUUUGAAACCAGUGAUGGCGCUCUAUUUACUUCUUAGCUCAGUCCCCGAAGCCGUAUCACACAAGGCUCAGUGCCUGUGGAUAAGACUUGAUGAGCGUAAUGAGAAGCUACCUUUGCUUCCUGUUUUCUAGGAUGAAGACUAAUUGUUUCUCUAAGAAAACUGUAUGAAUCUAAACUUCAUUGACUUGAAGGAAAAAAAAUAUUCUAUUUUUUAUGGGAAUUUGGUUUUUUUUCUGUCUUGAGAAAGUCUCGCUGUGAAUCCCAGGUUUCCGUCUUAGCCUCUUCGAUGGCAGGACUGACUACUGGUGUGCAACACCAUACCCAGUACAGGGUUUUGAAUUUUGAUGAUGACUUUUAAAAAAUAUUUUUUCUGUUCUGUGAUCCCAUUUUUAAAAAGCUUUUACUUCACAGAAUGAAAACUUGUAUAAAAUAUUUACUUUUGUCUAUUUAUUUUUAUAGUAAGCUGCUUCCAUAGUUAGUACCUCUUAUUGGUAGUGUUCUAUAUGUCUGAUUGCUAUCUUUGAAAUGCCUUACCAAAUUUAUGGCUGUAUGCUAGUAUUGGAGCUUUGCAGUUAUUUACAUUACUCUAAAGUUAGUUUCCAGUGUGUCACAUUUAACUGUUUCAAUGGGUUUCCUAUCAGUUGACCUUAUUGUUAGAGUUCUAGUUGACCUGUACUGUAUUUUAUGUAAUUUGUGCCAUCUAUUGUCAAGCCAUGUACUACCUUGAUACACUCGACCUUUAAGUAUCUUUGAUGUGAUGUCUGUGUAGAUAUGUUGAUGUGAACAGAACUCUGUGAAGUCUCACAGUGGAGCUGUGAUAGGGGACAAACGGAUGGGCAAAGACUAGUUUUGACAUAGUCAUAGUUAAAGAUUUUUUUAAGAUCACACAAGUAUGAUGUGAUUUAUGUACCAAAGAGAUGCUUAUUCCCAAAUGAGAGAAAUACGUAUAUAUUCUGAAAAUUGCAAUUUAAAAAUGUAUAAAAAUAAAUGUAUUACCAGUCAA